AUGUCAACAACAUUUAUUGGUUCAAUUGAUCAAGGAACAACUUCUUCUCGUUUUUUGAUUUUUGAUGAACAUGGUGAUUUAAUCUGUUCUCAUCAAAUGGAGUUUCCUCAACAUUAUCCAAGGCCGGGUUGGGUAGAACAUGAUCCAUCAGAUAUAUUGAAAUCAGUUCAAGAAUGUGUCAAAGAAACAUUAAAGAAAUUCAAUGGACUGGGUUAUUCAUUUUCUGAUAUUAAAGCCAUUGGUAUAACAAAUCAACGUGAAACAACUUUAGCCUGGGAUAAAACUACUGGAAAACCACUUUAUAAUGCAAUUGUUUGGCCUGAUGUUCGUACUCAUGAUUUAGUACAUAGAUUAAACAAAAUAUCUAGUUUGGGCUCAAAAGUAUUAAAUGAUAUUUGUGGUUUACCAAUUACAACUUACUUUUCAGCUUUAAAACUUAAAUGGAUGUUGGAGAAUGUACCUGAAGUUAAAGAGGCUCAUGAUAAUGACAAUUUAUUGUUUGGAACUGUUGAUACGUGGCUUAUUUGGAAUUUAUCAGGUGGUGUUGAUGGUGGAUUGCAUGUUACAGAUGUAACUAAUGCUUCUCGUACAAUGUUUAUGAACAUUAAGACAUUGGAAUGGAGUAAAGAAUCCUUGGAUUUCUUUCAAGUGAAAAGUAGCUGUCUACCAAAAAUAUGUUCCUCAUCUGAAAUUUAUGGAACUAUUAAGACAAUCAAAGAAUUAGAGGGAAUUCCAAUUGCUGGGGUUUUAGGUGAUCAACAAGCUGCUUUAGUUGGACAAAAGUGUUUUACACGUGGUGAUGCUAAAAGUACUUAUGGAACAGGAUGCUUUAUGUUAUUCAAUACUGGUAAGGAUCCUGUCAUUUCUGAAUCAGGACUACUCACAACAGUUGGCUAUAAAUUUGGUAAUCAGGAUGCUGUCUAUGCUUUAGAGGGUUCAAUUGCUGUGGCCGGUUCUGCUAUUAAAUGGGUCAGAGAUAAUUUAAAGAUCAUUAAUGAGACGUCUGAGAUUAAUACAUUGGCUGCUUCAGUAGAAAAUACUGGUGGUGUUUAUUUUGUCACUGCAUUUUCUGGCUUAUUUGCUCCUUAUUGGCGUGAUGAUGCACGUGGUUGUAUUGUUGGUAUAACUCAAUACACUAACAAAUGUCAUAUUGCGCGGGCAACUCUAGAGGCUGCAUGUUUCCAGGCUAAAGCAAUUCUAAAUGCCAUGAACAAAGAUUCCGGUCAUCCUUUAACUUCUCUCAAAGUUGAUGGUGGAAUGACAAAUUCUGACAUUUGUAUGCAAAUUCAAUCAGACAUUCUUAAUAUUGAGGUUAAUCGUCCUGCUAUGAGAGAAACAACAGCACUUGGUGCUGCUAUUGCUGCUGGUUUUGCUGUUAAAAUCUGGAACUCUUUAGAUGAUUUGAAAAAUGUUAAUACCAAAGGCCAUACCAUCUUUUCUCCCAAAAUUACCAAUGAAGAAGCUCAAAUUAAAUUUGAACAAUGGGAAAAGGCUGUUCAAAGAAGUUUAGAUUGGGCAUAA